AUGGCUUCACCACUGGGUCUUGCGGGAGAAAGCACAUGGAGGUAUGAAUGUGAGACGAGAGGCUGGAGCCACUUACACCCACACUUGCUGGACAUGGUGCAAGAGCUGCUAGAGGAUACGUAUCUCCUCGAGGCAGACUUCAAGAGCGAAUUGUACUGGGAGGAUCAGUCACGGAUAAGCAUGCUGAAGAUCAUGCGGUGUGUCAAUCGGCACUGGUGCGUCUGGGCGACAAUGGCCACACAGUCGCUGCGGCCACUCAUCACAAUCUCGAGCGUAAAGGCGCGGUUGGAUGUGAUUGCGACAAAGUUCACAAACCUGACGAGUCUGAGCCUGGGGCGCUGUUGGUACGACCCCAUUGACUCACUGCUGGAGUGGACACAACUUCUGGCGAGGCUGCCACGCUUGACCCACGUGGACAUGGCCGGCAGCGACAUCAGCGAUGCUGGGCUGCUCAGCUUGCCUGCCCUGCCGGCCCUUCGCAAACUGGACCUGGGCAUGUGUGAGAACAUCGGAGGGGAGGCGCUGCGGCAUCUUACAGCCCUCACGAGCCUCAGCCUCAGGGGCACCUGGUGGGAUGGCAUGCUGCAGCAGGUGAAGCACUUGAGCCGUUUGGUGGAAGUUGAUUUGGCUGGAUGUGACAGCAUAACGGAUGGGACCCUGGUGGCUUUGAGUGGCCUCCAGGCCCUGUCAAGCCUUUCCCUGGAUGAGUGCGACGGCAUCACAGAUGAUGUGUUCUCUUCAUUGGCUCUGCUGUCCAGUCUAACACACGUCAGCCUCAAGUUUUGUCCGAUCUCGAACCUGGGCCUGGGUCAAUUGGUGAACUUGAGCUCGUUGACUAGUGUUGAUGUGUCUGGGUGCUCAGAAAUCACCAUGGAUGGCUUGAGGGAGUGCAGAGCUGCCCUCCCGGACUUGGACAUUGUGGCCAUUAACACUCUCGAAAUUGUUUGUCCUUGA